ACUUUGUUAUCUGAAGGACAAGGAUUGUGCGGCUUUCCAUGUUACCCUGGAAGAGACACAGACAUCAUUCCGGAGCAACAGACAUGAUUUAACCAUCUCUAUGACUGAAGCCAUGGAAGAAAAUAGUUGCAAACCUCGAUUCUUGAAGUUUUUACUCCAGAAAAUCCAGAAAGGAGAUUAUCAACCUGAGAUGAUUUCCAAUAAAAAGAGCACAAGCCCUCAUCAGAAUGAAGAAAACAGUCUGGAAGAUAAGCUACACCUGAGUCAUUUGAAACACUUGGAGCAGCUCUUUACAUCCCCAAAUGGGGAAGACACAGAACCAGAAGUUGAGCACAAUCCUGAUUACAAGAUGCUCCCCAAAAAGGAGACAUCUUAUCCCUCAGGAAGUUUGACUCUCCAGGAGUUCAAGAAUGCUUUGACUGAGCUUCUGGGAUCAGAGUACUGGAAUGGCCGAACCGAGCUACUUUUCAACAAGAUUCACACAGCCCGUGACAAUAUUGUGGAUUGGAGUGAGUUCUGUACACAUUUGCUACUCCAAUAUAGAAAGAGAGAUCAUUCGGAAAAAUCCAAAGACAUUUUCUUUCAGGGGAAGCCCUUGAUCCGACAAUGUUCACAGAACCGGCAAGAGCCAACCACUCGGAUCUUAGCCAUCUCUUCUCCUUCUACUUCACACUCAUUUGUGACCGUCAGCAAAGGAGGAAUUCUCAGUUUCUGGGACAACAACCUGCAGCUCCAGAAGACGUAUGAGAUGUCAGCAGAUGCUGUUGAGGCUCCAACAGGAAGGAAGAGGAUUAAAGUUUGGACAACAGAUGCUGUCUACAUGCCUAAUGUUCAUAAAAUUGCUGUUGCUACAACCAGCAGAAAAAUAUACUUUUUUGAGGUGUCUCUGGGCCCCAUCUUUGAAGAUUUCCAUCUAUUUGCCCUGAACUACAUUCCAACAUCAGUAUUCUACUGGUAUAAUACAGAAUCUGAAGAGAGCUGUUCUGUAUUACUGUGGGGGGAUGACCACGGAGGAGUAAGUGUGCUCAGGUUCCUUCACCCCAACAAAAGCUUAUAUGAAAAGUCCUUAUUUGAGCAGACUGGGUUCUCUGGAAUCUACUUGCAGGAUAUUGGAAAUCACUGUCAAUUUUUAAGUUAUAAUUAUAUCCGUCGCAUACACCAAGACUCCAUUUCCCAAAUCCAAUAUGUCCCAGAAGACCUCUGCAUUACCUCCUCAGGGAACUCUCAAGCCUCAUUGGUAAUCAUGGACAUGGACCAAAAAAGAAAAGCAUAUACCUGGAAGAUUAAGAGGGGAAUAAAAUGCUUCGAUUUUUCCAAGUCUCUCAAUCUCUUGGUCAGUGGUGGGGUUGACUGUUGUGUCCGAGUAUGGAAUCGAUUUGUCCCAAGCCUCCCAACAGCCAUGCUCCGGGGACAUUCCUUGCCUAUCCUGGGACUGGCCAUCCAAGAACAAAAUGGGCAGAUAUUCAGCUACUCCAAGGAUACAGAGGAAAAUGAGGCUGAUAAAAAUCAAGAUCAUGUGCUGAAAAUCUGGGACAUGAGUUACCACACUUGUCUUUAUACUGUGGCACUGAAGUUCCCCCAUUCCCAGCCUGAGCAUGUGUUGGAACAAGGAAGCUUCCCCUUUCUAUUUCUCCGGAAGCCUUUGCCCCUGAUCCUCAUUGCCCACAUCGACUACAUCGGCAUGCUGAGAUUACCCAUACCUACACAUUCGGAGAUAAACCUUACAGCACCCCACAAGGCUCUGCUGUGUGGGACUGUGUACAAUGCCUUCUUCCAUCAGGUAGUGACAGGAUGUCACAACUCCACCAUUGCAGUGUGGGAUAUCGAGACUGGCAUGAAGCAAUUCAUUCUGAACAACAUCCAUGGUGAGGAGGAAUUAACCUGCAUGGCCCUAGAUACUUCAGGUAGAAGGCUUAUCACGGCUGCCCGAAAUGGCACUCUCAAGGUCUGGGAUAUUCAGAGAGGUCACAUCUUGCACAAAUUGGAGGUGGUAGAAGAUGCAGAAGUGACAGGGGUGGUCCCAGUUCGAAAACACGUAUUCCUUACUGUAGGAUGGAAUCGGAAAAUCAUCCUUUAUGACUGCUCAAAAACUGAGGCUCUAUAUGUGCCUGCAGACAAGUCUUGGAAAGGAGGGCAACUACACAAGGAAGAUAUAUUAGCUGUGGAUUACUGUCCUCCCCUUGACCUCCUUGCUACUGCCAGCUUUGAUGGAGAAAUUAUUGUAUGGAACGUGGAAACCCAGCGGCCCCAUCACUACGUCAGAAAGGUGGCACGUGAAAGUUCACUGGGUCCUGUGAAUAAACUACUAUUCCUGCAGCAUCGUUGCACAGAUCACUCUCUAAAGAAAUCUGCCAUUCUCAUAAGUGCUGAAACAGGGACCCUCCACUGGUGGAGCAUCUUUGGCAAAAAGAUGGAAUAUGGCAAAUUUUAUGCUCCCUUAAAAGAGGAUAUUUCUGUAACUGGGCUGUCAUCCAGCAAGGAUAACCACCUCCUGGUCACUGGAGACACUAGCGGCUUUAUCCAGGUGUGGGAUAUUUCAAACUAUGCGACAACCCUUCCUUCUGUGAACUCAUCCAAUAACCCCCUCCUGCUUCAUGGCUGGAAGGCCCACAGCUGCACAGUCAUGAGUGUGGAGUACUUCUCCUAUGGUUCUGAUUCCUUCAUCAUCAGCGGCUGUUCAGAUGGGACCUCUGGGUUAUGGACUUCAGAGGGAACAUUUGUGGGACUAUUUGGGCAAGAGAAAAAAUGGAACCUGAAAGUGCCAGCUACCUUUUCUUGCCACAAAAAUGUUUUCCAGACAACAAUGCCCGUCUUAGAUUCCAAAUUAGAAGAUUCAACUAUUGGAAAAGACAGAGAUCCCUUUGACAAAUGGAACGAGAACAGGAAGGGAAAGGAUGUGACUGAAUGCUACCCAUUAAUUGAUGGUCAGAAGGGGGAUCAUAUGCUGGUCACUGAAGGAAACCCAAAGGCUGCAGGUGACUCAGAAACUCAGAAAGAAGGAAUUCACCUCAAUAAAACUGAAACAAGAAAAGACUUGAAGGAUUGGAAGUUACCAGCCCAGUUUGGAACUAUUCAUUCACAAAAGACCUCUUUAAAUUCAGACUCCCCAAGGGUUGGAGGACAAAAUUGGGAACUUCAUCCGCGAUUAGCAAACAGUUUCAGAAUACAUGAGGGUCCUUUUAAACACUAUAUGGACUCAAAGCUGGGGAAGCGACUAGCUGGGAGGAAAGAACGUCGGUGUCGAUUUGGAGAUAUUAAUGUUCACAAGUGCUGCCAGUUUGGAAAGAUCUGUUCUCCCUUCCAGGCCCUGGCCACUCCAGACAUGAGAAGACUGAUGCUGCCUUGGGACCUGCCCGUAAAUACCCAGAUGGAGUACCUGGGAUUCUCCUCUACUCUAGGCCCAGAGCUCAAAGAUUUUCAGUUAUCUUCUGAAGAUCUCAGUACUGAAGACGACAGCAACAACGAAGCAGAAAAAUCAGUGACCCAAAUGAAAACACCUUUAUUCCCCCCAAUAGUUAAAACUGUAAGAUCUAGUGACAUGAAAUGAUUAAAAGAAAUCUCAAAAUUG